AUGGCUUCGUCUCUUAAAAACUCUGCAGAGUUUUCUGCCUUGCAAAAACAUUAUGAGUCAGCCUCGAAACUCCAUAUGCGGAGUCUCUUUGAGAGCGACGCGCACAGAUUCGACAAAUUCAGGUACAGCUUAAAUUUUAGCACGUUCACCAAUGCAUAAGAAAGCUUAAUUAAUUUCCGAGUUUCCUUAACACUGGAUUUAGUUGUAGUUUCCUUCGUCUCUUUCAACCUGAAAGUGCUUUUAAAUACGUUUAAUGGGAUGUUUAACUGAGGUCGAGCCAACAGCUGCUGGUUUUAGUUGUUUUGUAACGUCAAAGUAAAUUUCGUGACCCAACUUUCGGAACAUUUUAAAGCUUACAAGCUCUUAUAAAGAUUGAUUAGGUGAAGUAGACAGUUUAUUCGAUUUUAACAUUCUUUCCUUUUAUGUUACUAAAAAAAUCCCACAAGUAUCGAAAAUAGCGUGGCUUGUUCAAUUUUUCAUGUUUAUUUCAUUCAUCAAUAUCAUUCUUUAUAAUUAUUAUCAAGCUAAGUUUAUGUCUAUGAAUAAUAUAGCUAUAGCCCGAAGUGUUUGGCCUAAUUAUUGUGAACAACCUUUCUUUCCUUUUCUUAUGUAAAUCAUAUUGUUGAAACAAUAAUAUUUCUUUGUAUUAUUUGUUCAACACGACUCCCAAAGGAAAAGUAACAGGAAAAGAUAUUGUCAGUCUAUUCACGAAAGACUAGGGAGUAGACUUUCAAAAAACAAACAAACGCCCAAGAACAGAAAACAGUUCACCAGCAGUCCCUUUUUGAUUAGUUGAGUAGAUGAGCUAAUGAAAGGGAGUAGGAUGGAGUUAAUUAAGAAAAAGGAACUGCACUUGCACAGACUCACUGAUAAAACUUUUUACUCUGUCAAGCAAGAGUAACAAAAAUCAACCUGAAAACUGACAAAAACCUGAAGUGAGCCCAGUGCUAAUAUUUGAACCUGUGAGAUCCAGGAGCAAAAGUUUGGUGCGAGGGGCCACCAGGCAUUUGCUGGACUGCUCACAGCUUUACUAUCUGUUAAACUGAACCUUAUGGCCGCAUGAAUAACAACUGUAUGAAGUAUUUGAGCGUCAAUAUUUUUUUUCCAUAGCACACAGAUUGAAACUUCGGAUGGCACUAUUCUGGUGGACUAUUCAAAAAACAUCAUUACAGAGGAGACCAUGAAACACCUCAUGAAUCUGGUUUGUUUUAAAUGAUUAUUUUUUAAACAGUUUAUUCGAAUUAAGAGAUGACAAAGAAGUUUGUUUUUCUUUUUUUUUGGUAGGCCAAAGCAAGGGGUAUUGAAAGUGCUCGGGAUAAGAUGUUCUCCGGAGAGAAAAUUAAUUUUACUGAGGUUUGUUUAACUUUGUAUAAUCUCAACUAAAGUAUGUUGUAGUUUCAAUUAUUAUCUUUUCAUUGCUGAGUAAUGGUCAUUUCCCAUUGCUGAUUAUCAGCAAAAGCUUUUAAAGCAUGUAGUAGAAAAAUAAUACAACAACGGUAUUGCUUUCUUGUCACCCACAUUUACAUGUACCUCAUUACAUGAAAUUUUGGUGACACUUUAAUUCAGCAAAUUUAGCACCAAAAUUAAGUGUCGCUAAAUUUAAAUUGUCGCUAAAUUAAAGUGAGCACAAUAUGAAAUUCUUCCAUCUGGUCAGUUUCAUACACGUCUGCUAUUUGAUAUAGUCGAUUGUGACGUGUCUCUUGCACAUUUCAGUCAUUUCAGCUUGAUAACUGAAAUGGAUGAAUCACAAAAAUUAACUGACUUAUGUUCCAAAAUUUAUGAAAAAUUGCUUUGUUAAAGUGCUGCUAAAUAAUUCAAAAUUGCUGAUUUUUAGUGUUGCCAAAGUUUCAUGUAAUAACUAAAAGGUACAUUUUUCCAGGCGUCCUCACUGUGGUAGAGGAGCAUAGUAAGAAAGAUAUUGUUCUAAUUAUCCUGUUAAACUGAUUAACUAUCUUUCAGGACCGAGCAGUUCUUCAUGUGGCUCUCAGAAACCGUUCCAAUAAACCAAUCAAUGUAGAUGGCAAGAAUGUAAGUUGCAGGUGUAUGUGGGAAUAAAACUCAGUAUAUUUUUCUGAAAAGAUUUGUUCCAUGUCCAAAAUUACUUUAAUUAUCUUUUACAAACAACAGUAUUAAAACCUCAUGAUAAAAUUAAUUAAACGUGAUUAUUAUCUGACUUGCCUUAACUUGACCUUAUCUUCAGUGUGCUUCAUAUGCAAUAAGUUCAUAAGUGGAUGGAAUAUAAUUGUCCGGGUGAUCAUAGUCCUGAAUAGGACUGUUGUUGACAGUUACUGACAUUUCAACAACCUAUGCAGUAUGUCAACUUCGAUCAGAAUCAGCAUGAGCUGUGUCACAUCAGUUGAUGGUCUUAAACGGUCAUGUGAUUCUUUUCAGCAGAUAUAGUUAUACACUGUUUUGUCAGCUGUCAAAUGACCAUAAUAUGGAUGUCUAUAUUACCAAGUUAAACACAGGUUUCAGGCUCUCAUACUAGCUAGAAAAGUGACAUUUCACAUUGGUUUUCUUGUUGUGCGGAUGGAGGCCAGACGGGCGGACGUACGUUCACGUGACUACCAAAAUUUCUCAGAUACAUAGCUAACAAAAUUUCUUACUCAUGGUGCUCUGUUGCAUGCGUAAAGCACGCGCAAGAGUUCCGCAAAUACAUGUAAUUUAGUGCAACUAAUUAUUUGACUUUAGAGCAAUUUAAGCAUAGCACAUGCAUGACAAUUGAUUAGACUUGCAAUGACCAGUGCUAAUAGUAUUCAUUUUUAAACAUUACUAGGUUAUGGAUGAUGUAAAUGCAGUUCUUAAGCAAAUGCGGAAUUUCACUGAGGUACAGUAAAUACAUACAUGAACAUUCGUUGCGCAUUUCACUUUGGUUUAGAGAGACAGAUAUCUAUCUUCUCGGUUCCUUAAAAUGAAAUAUUCAUUGGCAACAUAAGAAAUGUUACUUUAAUGGAUGGUUUGAUCGUAAGAAUUGUUUGGUGCUAACAGCACUGAAAAAUUGUGGGUAACAAUUUAAUUUUCCACUUCUUCCACAGGAUGCAUGCUCAUGAGAACUUCUAGUCGAUUUAGCUAUCUUCUUUUUGACUGACAAUUGUCAUUACAUUCUGUUAUCUUAUAGGCUCUUAGGUCCGGUACUUGGAAAGGUAUGUUGUAACUUACACGUAAGAAAGAAAUAAGUGUUCAAUGUCUUAUUAACUCAACGAAAACACCAUAUCUCUUUGAUAUGCCCCUGCUUUUGUACGUGAACAUCACAAAUUGCUGGCUCAAGCUCCAACCAACCCGUCCACCUCCCCACCCAGCCCCUGCUAGACAAGGUUUCUUUCCGGAGUGGAUUUUAACGUGAACGAAGUCGUUCACACCGCUAACAUUCGUGUAGUUGGCGUGUUGCAAUUACACGAAUGUUAGCGGUGCGGACGUUUUUAGUAUGCCUCCUAAAGACCUCUCUUUGCAUGGUAUGGACAAAAUUACACCGUGGAAACUAAAACCCCGCAAGAAAAUUCCUCAUUUUCAUGCGCAUGAACAUGGAGAAUUUUAUCUCUUUUCUCUGUGUCUUGCCUCUCCUUGCGCGCUGCGAUUUUCACGCGCUUGCGUAUUCGGUGCGCUUUACUAUCCUUCGGCUGAGGAAAAUGAGGGACUUCAUGUACUUUAGUUCCUUUUCCCCUUAGUCUAGCCCUAAGGGAAACAGUUAUAUAUUUUGUUUCCCGAGAAUCCCAAUGGCUCCGUCCAAAAAAAAGGAGUUUGUUGUCCGGUGGCGCAGUAGUGCUUAUUAUAGUUACUUACCUGCCAUCGGUGCAAAAUCACAUUUUUUUUAGGCUAUGUUCACACUUGCGGACACGAAAAAUUAUCCAGUAUAGAAUGAACACUUAUAUAUCCCAUAUGGGACUCUCCACUUUAUAGAGAUCGGCACGGCGCACCAUCGCGCCCUCGCGCCCUCGCGCCCUCGCGCCCUCGCGCCCUCGCGCCCUCGCGUGUUUUCGCCGAAAUCACCGUUCUUACAUGUGUGUGAACAGAAGCCGUAUCUGGUAUGGUUUUCGUUCUAGCUCAAAAGCUAUCCGGUUUAGUGUGAACAUAACCUCAGUUUGGUUGAAUGUGAGUUUUUAAUCUCGUUAAGCACGAACCUGUGUAGCGCCAGAAUGGACAGGAGGUAAUAGAAAGCACGGAAUGUAGGGAAUUUGAGAUAACGAGAUUUUGCAGUGAUUACACGUUUUGUUGGCAUGAGCUCACCGGACGGUGUAUUUUGGUGUAUUGUACAUGUAAUAACCAGUUGGUAAUGGAUUUUGUUUGUUUUUUUUGUUUUCAGGCUAUACUGGCAAAGUAAUUACAGAUGUUGUCAAUAUUGGAAUUGGAGGAUCUGAUUUGGUAAGCUUAUCAAAUUAUUGUUCAUUUCGCGGUUGGGCGUGAGUCUAGGUCGGCGUCAGGUGCAUCAAAUUAUAGGGCUAUCCAGGGGACGCUAAGGCUUGUUUUAUUGGCUACUAAAAGGUUGCCGCGUUUAAGAUACGUGGUAACGUGACUUCAUGGCUAGGUGGCUACAGUAUGUUGCUACGUGGCUAGUGGCUACGUGGUUAUGCGGCCACGUGUCAACGGGGUUACAAGGCUAAGUGGUUACAUGGGUGUGUUGUUGCUUUUUUGGCUGCUGGGUGCAACGUGGCCUCGUGGCUGCAUGGCUAUGUGGCUACCUAGCCACGUAGCCGCGUGACUGCCUACAUGCCUACGCGACAGUUACUCGGCAACGUGGAUACUUCAGCGCCUCCACAUGGCAAGACGUAAUGUAUGUUCAUAAUCUCCUUUUAGGGACCUCUGAUGGUGACUGAGGCGUUGAAGCCUUACGGCAAAAAAGAUCUGCACGUUCAUUUUGUGUCUAAUAUUGACGGAACUCAUCUGGCUAAGACUGUUGCAACACUCGAUCCAGAAACAACCUUGUUCGUUGUCGCCUCAAAGGUAUGGUCGAUUUGAUAUGCAUGAAUGGUUCAAAUUGCUGUUAAGCCCCGUGCAAACGGACGCAAAAUUGUUAUCCACCAGCCCCAACAUUGUUGGAUGUUACAUGUUGAGUCCGUUUGCACACCCUGUUGCAUGUUGUUGGUCAAAGUUUGAAACGGGUCAAACUUUUAGCCACGUGCAACUCCCAACAAUGUUGGGAGUUGUUGGCCAACAAUUUUGCAUUCGUUUGCACGGGGCUUUAGUCACUGUCAUUCUUAUUAUCUUCUCGAGAAUUAACUUCUCACUUUUGAUCAUUCACAUUAACUUCUGUCCUAUCUAUCCUGCCCUCUAUGUAGGUCGAAAAAACGUUUUGUUUUUGGGUACAUGAUUUGGUUUGGUUUCCUAUAGUUUACUUUUAUGACUUGACAUGCCUUCCGCGUUGUUUUGUCUCUAUUAAAAUCGAAUAACACCGGGCUUUACGGUUUUUUUUCCUACUUGACUGUGUGUUCCAACUUCUUUUGCAGACAUUUACCACAAUAGAAACCAUUACAAAUGCAAAGACUGCAAGAGAGUGGCUUUUGAAUAAACUAAAGGAUGUAAGUUACUUCAUUUCAGUUGCGUGUUGCCGUUGCGCUCCAAAAACCAAUCACAAAAAUGCUCAAAUUUCUACUUGCACAGUGGACCAAAAACGUAAUUAUCAAAAAGUCAUUUCACCUCUUUCAAAGAUUUAAUGAUUGUGUUCUGUUCGUACCAGGUAGGGAAUUGUAAAUGCAAACAGAUCUCGAACAUCGUUUUUGUGGAUUACCGUAUUUAUUCGAAUAAGCGCCCAACCUCGAAUUAGCGCCCACCUCGAAUAGGCGCCUAUCCUAAAGGCAGAAAAAGUUUAUAAGCGCCCAGCCUCGAAUAAGCGCCCACCCCACCCCACUCCCGCCCACAAAAACUCCAAUGAGAGAUAAUAAGAGACCCUCCCGAAGACGGAGUUUUCUUCAGGGUAUUGUACAGAAACCUUGCUUUGUUACACCUUCGCUUCUUGUUAUUAGCAUUUACUGUUUUGUUGCAAAAUAUACUACUACGGUUGGUGAGAAUGGUGAAAAUUUAAUAAGCGCCCACCCUCGAAUUAGCGCCCACCUCGAAUAAGAGCCCAUUCUCAAGGUCCAAAAAUUUUAUAAGCGCCCAGGGCGGUUAAUCGAAUAUAAAAAGCUAAUCGGUAUAUAAAAAGCCGCUGUUAAUAAGAGAACAAGAAACUUUCAAAUAAAUAAUUGUUUAAAAAAGAGUCAUUUACAUGAGGAUUAUUCUGUUUGCGCCCAAAUUAUAAUUCAAUACCUCUUUCGCCAAUGAAUCACUUGUAAGCGAGAUGAAAUCAGUUUUUGAACCGACGAGAGAAUGAGGCGUGUUCAGUUAGAGUCAGUUUUAUUUAAGGUAACACUAAUCAAAAUACCCUGGCUCCAGAGGUCCGUUCUCUAGAUAUCUAGGAUGAAAUAACCCGUGCACAGGGAUUGAUACAGCUUCUGAAACGGAAGAAUCAGGAAUUGGGAAAGAAAGCAGAAAAAAAAAUCUAUAGUAUCCAGAAUCCGCAUAAUCAAAAGUGUCCUGUGAAAUUUUAAAGUGCCCAUAAAAAAGAAGCUGCCAUAUAUUUUAAAGAGUUUCUUUUCUUAUUUCCUGUCAGCGGUGAACAAUGUGUUCUUUGUGUUAGAAAUCAUUGUUCUUAAUUUGGCUUUUACAUUCUAAAAGAUCAUAUCCUUCCUUUGACAGAAAUCAGCUGUUGCCAAGCACUUCAUUGCUCUUUCAACAAACGAGGUAUGCACAUGGUACGGGUCAACUCUGUUAACAUAGAUUAACACAUUACGAAGGGUUAUCCUACGCGUUUUCGACCUCACAACAACUCUCCUCACCUCAUCUUGUCUCUUUGCGCUCUGUUGCGCAGAAGCCAAUUGCGUCUGAUUUCAGUUAUGAUCUUUACAUUAACCCAUCGCCCAUUCCCCAACCUGGAGGGGCAGGCGAUGCAGUUCGUCUUGUCUUUCACCCAAAAGUUGCCCAGCACUGUUGCCAUGAACCCACCACGAGGACCAAGGACGCAACUGGUCUAGCCUUUGGGAACACCAAGGUACGAAAACCUCUCCACAGCCACAGGCGUUGAGGCGUAACCCUUAGAGAGGGAUUGUUGGACAGCAUCGUGUCAUUCCGGAGUUAUACCUAUUCCUCCUGGAAAUGUUGCAAAAAAUAAUGCUUUUGAAGCUAGAAAAGCCGUUUUCUGGUGGCUCUCUCGUUAAAAAAGGACCAAAAUUGCCAAAACGUUGUUUAUACGUUGCACACUACCUUGUUAACUAUUCCUUGUAGGCAAACUUUCGUGAUUCUCUCCUCACCUCUUGUUUCGCACCCAUAGCUCUGUUUUCUUUCCCUUUCGCUGGCAUUUACUAGGCUUCACUUUGGUGGGAACAGUUUUUCGCAAAAACUUUGAGCUUGGUAGGAUUAGAUUGAAGGAAGACCAUGUGGGUAAGGGAACAAGGUCUUCAUGGGAAUUUAGGUCAACUCUAUAUAGUUCCUUUCCUUUUUUUGUACGGCCUGUUUACUCAACCUUGCUCAUUCGGGUGUGGCCGGAUUGAAAGAUCCAUAAGUGAAUGUAAACACUCGCGUCUUAAAACGUGGACGCGGUCCUUAAUUCAGGAGAAUCCGCCUACUAUCAGUGACAAAUUGAACGUGCUUGAAAGAAUCGCGAUGGAGUCGGAAAGAAUGCAAGUUCAUUUUAUAAGUGGUUCCCUAUAGUCAGACCCUUUCGCAGGAAAUUGUUAUAAUCCCAUGUAGUUAGCACUAACCACUAAAUACCGCUUUUAGUAAAGGUUAGUGCACGUUUUUGGGAGUGGCGAGAAGGGUUUUUCUUAAAAAAAAAAAAAGAAUUACCCAAUGAGACGUUAUAUAGAAGUGUGUUUGUCAGUUCAGAUUGCAACUUUCCACACAAUACAAUUAACGAAUUUAUUUGAACACUAUUUUGUCAUUUCAUUCACAGGAGAAGGUCACAGAAUUUGGAAUUCUCAAGGAAAACAUGUUCGCUUUUUGGGAUGUAAGUAAUUCAGGCAAGACUGAUUAAGCACUACUAUUUAAAUCAAACGGUAACCAACACAUGACCACGUGAUCAAUUAUUUCCCCCCAUUUUUCACGUCAGCCGUUGAGUUGCUUUUUACGUUCAUAAAAUGCUCGGGUAAAAGCUCCCUUUUUUAUCUUUAAUGCUGUCGGAUACAUAACUGUACGAUUCAAUAUAAUGCUGUUAUAUUUAACGGUGCACAUGAUGCAAGAUGUGAUGGAAUUGAUUGGUAUUACAAAAAGCCGACUGUCCGUGCGAAAACACUUUAGAAUUGAAUAUUCACCUUUGCUGGAAGGGAUAGAGUGACAAGUUUCCGGUGAUUUGGGGUUUGCGCGAAAAUUAAGCCAAGCAUUUCCGUUCAAAAACGGAAGGCUAGGGGAAAGAGGUUCUCCUUCUAUAUUUUAGGUUUCCAAGUCAUUAUCUGUUUAUCGAAACCUUUUGAAAAAUGAUGACGAUUUUGGUUGUUUACCAUGUACAAAAAGUAUCCGGAAAAUUCGGUUGGAAACUAAAUGGAACACGACUUUUUGGGUCGUUCCAGUGGAAAAUUUCCGGGAGCAACGGAACAUCUGAUAAGGUAAUCCUGUUUUUUUUUUUUGCGGACGGAGUUUUCCAAACGGAAAUUCGUGUUCCACUUCUUCAAAGCUAUCUUUGAUACCAGUUUCACGCCUUCCCAGCCGUUUUCGGUAAAUGAAACUGAUUUUUGCAAAUGGUAAACGCUGUUCCGGGACGAAAUUAACCAGUCUCGAAUUUUGCUUACCAUCUGCCUUAACUGUGAACCGACUGGAUUGCAUAUGUAAAUCGUAAACAGCCUUUAAUUACUUUUGUUUUCAGUGGGUAGGAGGGCGUUACUCUCUGUGGUCUGCCAUUGGAAUGUCAAUUGCUGUGUACAUCGGUGAGAAGAUUUUUGUAUAUUCAUUAGUCAGAAGUUUCUGUCAUACCUAGUGAUUUUAGCAACCAAGUGAUCGGUAAAUUACAGCUGUUAAAAGUGAAGAAAAAAGGGGUACUUACUAAUUGUUCCAAAGAAACCUUUUGGAAUGAUCGCUGAAUGAUUGUAAAUGUUUUUGCAGCAGGUAGGGGAAUGACGUUUACCAUUUCCAAUAAGCCAUUUCCGAGUUGCUCCAAGCAAGGCUAAGUGGGAAGGUAUUGAUAUGAAAAUCAUUAUGUAUUUAUUCUCAUGUCAAUUAAGCUCGUACUUAGCCUCGUUUAGCCUUCGAACAGCAGACGCAUUUCCGGUCGUCGCUUCUCUCCCUCCGAAAAAUAGCGUCUGCGGAGGGAGAGAAGCGACGACCGGAAAUGGGUCUGCUGUUCGUAGGCUAAGCCUCGUUUUGAAAGUGAGAAUUUUCAGAACUCGGAAAUGGCCUACUCGCCUUCCGGUUUUGUCGAGAUGGCGGAUAAAAACCUUUAGUUUGCACAUGCAAAAGACUAGAAACAGGGGAAAUGAGCAGAGAGUGCACAGUUUGUCGACUUCCCGUUCCGCAGGGUAAGAAACUGAGAUGUACCUCCAAAUUUGGAUUUUCAAGGAAAUUGUUGUCAUAAGGUAAACACCUAAGCUCUACAGUUGUACCUUUUUCUUUUGCUCUUAUCUGUAGGAAUGGAUAACUUUGAAGCUCUCCUUUCUGGCGCGCAUUUUAUGGUUAGUGAAAAAGACACUUCUCCAUAAGUUUAUUUGCUGCAUUAGUUCAGUCGAACUUCCGCUAACUGAUGCCUUCGGUGAUCGCUGGUCGACCUUAAUUAGAUUUUACUACAUGUUGUUUUUACAGGCAACUCCCUCUAAGACGGACACCUUUUGGACCGUCCUAGAGAGAUGUCCGUCUUAUAGAGAGUCAAAUAAAGGGAGUAAAGAAAGGCGUAGGCCAACUCUAGGUGUCCGUUUUAGGGAGGUGUCUGUCUUAUAGAGGUGUCCGUUAAGAGAGAGUCGACUGUAGUUUGCUUUGAGGUCCUCCAGCAACUCAUUUUAAAAUAUAUUUUUCAUUGUAGGACGAUCACUUCUGUUCAGCUCCUCUGGAGAAAAACGUGAGUAUAUCUUCUCUCUUGUGUCUUGUUACGUGUAGUGUAGUUGUAAUGAAGGUUCAAAGAAAAGAACCGAACGAUCUUCCUUCUCUAGAGUUUCAACCCAGUCGCUCCUGGGAAUUUUGCCGAAAAAUUCCUUUUGAAGCUAGUCAAGCCGUUUUCUGGUCAAUAUCUGGGGUCAAUUUUGUAAAACUUUUGCAAGUAUUAUAUACAAGUGUAGCCAUUGUUUUUAAGUCUGGAAAUAAUAGCUAGACCUGUAAAAGUUUUAUUAAAUUGACCCCAGAUUAUAAAGGACCAAAACUUAUUAUUAUUAUUGUUAUUAUUAUUACAAUUUAUUAGGCUAAGCUUCAUUUUGAUGGAAAGAGUUAUUGGGAACAUUUAUAGGAUCGUAGGAUUAGACAGAAAGAAUUCUAGGUGGAUAGUGUAAGAGGAUUUUCAUUGGGAUUUUCGGGUCAAGUUUAAGGGUUGAAUGUUAAAGUUGCCAUUGACCAUUAAACUGAUGACGUAAUAAGUGGCGCAAGAAAAUGUCACGGUAAAUCCGCACGGGUGGUUUUAGACGUUGUGUAUUCUUCUAGUCGGCUGUUGGUCCGGGCGUAAGUAUUGUGGAACCGUGCGUUUGCGAUAUCACCGGAGACAAUUGUAAGGCUCUGCUGAGCGAGUGUUACGGCUGUCUUCUUCAUUUUUUUAAUAUUGCCAAUUAAGCUUUCUUUUGCGCUGUGGAGUGAUUUAACGAAAGCUAAGAAAUGAAUUUGUAAACGUCAAAAAUCACAGCACUUUGUCAAACAAAUAUGUCUCCCAAGCGUUACAUCAAACGUUACAAACAACAAAAAUGAACUUUGGGAAACUGUUAGGCUGACAAGUUGUCAAAAACCUACAAUUACAAUCCAUUGUAAUCUUCUUCACGUUUAUCCAUCCGUGCCCUCUUUUGUCUUUACUGUGUUAUUAAUUCCUUCUUUUAAUGUGUUGAGCAGUUAUUUUUAUGGUUCACUCAAUUUGUUAGCCGUUUCCUGCUGUUCGAAGUUUAAUGAAAUUCGGGGUCAUGGUACAGGUCCUUUAAUGCCUUAAGCAACUAACUACAUGUACAUGUACUUGAUCGGAAACUCUAUCAUUACAAUCUACAUAUGCUUCACUCUUUCCCGGGAAAUACUUUGGAGGCUUUUAUUUAGUUUUAACAUGCUUAUUUCUAACAUGGGACCGUAUUACAAAGUGCAUUUUAUGAUUUUCAGUUAACGAACAUUCCUUUACUGUUAACAAUAUUCUUGUUUGUCGUUCUUGUAUGGUAUUAACCACUGCGCGAAAGACUUUUGGUUGGAUUACCACGAUCCUUUGCGCAGCUAGGUAGGCACCAUGAUGGUGUCGGGUUUUUAAAGUAAAAAGCCCCACCAAUUCUAACUGCCCGGUAGUAGACGUCUGCAAUCGUCAUACAUGUCCUGCGCCUGGUCUUGCGCAACCAUCCUUUGCGGUACUUGUUGCUACACACCUUUUUCAUGUCGCGCUGAAAUGCUUUGUCGCAUUGGAGUCGCCUCCAUUUAUAAUGUCGACCCUGAAUUUAAAAAACGGUAAGAACUUCAAACUAAGUUUUGUUCUUCUACAUUAUUUUUAAUGUGUAGGCACUCAAAGGAUCAUUUCGAUUAUAAGAACUGAUCCUUUAACCCAGUAGGAUGAAGUAUGCGACUCCUUCACUGUAACGAGCUAGAAUUACCGUCUUUUGUGCAGAUAAUGUCAAACGGUUGUCGAACAAAUGUCACGUUAAAAUGCAUAAUACAAUGUAGAUUCUUUCUUUUCAAUUGACAGAACCCUUCCGAUUCUAUGAUUUUCUCUCUAUAUAUCUGACUGGAUUUAUGAAAACAUGGCUUCAGUGAGUGUCUAAAUGUCCUAUGCUAAGUGCGUCCUUGGUACCAAGACUUUGACCCUCCCCACCCAGCACAAUGGGUGACUGUUUGCACCUCCCACUGAGCUCUGCAUUUAUCAUGAUAAUCAUUCUCAGCAGAGUCCUGAUUCAGCUGGCUAGGGCAAAUUAAGGCCAAGGUACUCGCCAGUCAAAGCCUGCACUGAACACUGCUGCUUACUGAAGGGGUUAUGUCAAAACAGCCCCCUCCCUACCCCACUAGUUUUAACCCCAAGGCCUGACCCACCGAACACUGCUGCUUACUGAAGGGGUUAUGUCAAAACAGCCCCCUCCCUACCCCUUUAGUUUUGACCCCAAGGCCUGAUCCACCGACCCACUGUUAGGGCAGUCCCUGGGCUAUCAAGCUGUACCGACCAAGGCGUCAAGCCCCCUACAUUUUUGGGCACCGGACUGGCCUGGAGCCGGGCUGAGCCCACUGCCAGGCGAAAAUCCAGUGGCCACGUUUUAACGAAAUCAGAGAGAUAUAUAUAACACGGUAGAGCGAACAAUAGCCCAAAAGGCGAAGUACAAGUAUUUACAGUGUAGUUCAAAUAUAGAGAAAAAAUUUACUUCGUUUGAUGCCUCAUGGACCAAUCAGUGGUUCGCAGCAGCUUACACAACAGAAAAAGAAAAAAAUGAAAAAGUUUAGAACUAAGCAGUCAGCAGGUUCCAUUUCCAGUCAACAUUGCAGGAGGAACUUGUGCAACCGGCUCUUAAAAGAUUGAAUUCCCGUGUCAUUUAUAAGGCAACAAUGUUGUCCGGCAGGCUGUUCCAGAUUUUAACAGCGCGAUAGAUAAAAACGUUCCGGUUUCUAUGUGCGAAAAUUCCCGGAAUUCGGAUUCCCUAACAUGGGGCGACGCGUACAAGACAAGAGGGAAAAAAUAACGACAAAAUAAUUUUUUUUGUUGUAUGAACUUAGUCGUGUGUAUGUUCUCAGCUGACAUCGGUAUCGACCGAUAAAAACGCUCUUCAGUAUUCAAUGAAUUAUAUAAGUAAAAAUCGCCAAACAUUGAAGAGUUAAUCAUUUUAGCUCCAAUUCUCUACUUGGCAACUCAAAGAUAUUUACGAUAUAGCUGUAUUUUGGUGGCAACAUAUAUUAGAUUCAUUCCACUAUUAAUUUAUUCAUUUGCGUAUGUUGUAUGACAUAAUGCGGGUAUAUUGAUUUAUCUUUUGCUCUGGAUUGGCGUAUGCAAGCAUGAAAAUGAUAAUAGCUAUGGUCACGCUACAGACUUUUACCUAGGUAAAAACAAUUUACCUAGGGUAAAUUCAUAAAAAAUUUCCCGAGGUAAAUUCAUCUCGGGUUUUGUUUUACCUAGGUGAAAAAUUCUGGGAAGGUCACACUACUGAUAUCGGCUCCCAAGGUUUUCACGCCAGUUGAAUUUUUUGGAGCGUAAAUUUAAGAGGGCAAGAUGCCCAGGGAUGGAGCUGACCAAAGAGACGCUUUUUUUUCUUUUAUCUUGCUGUUAUUUCUUACGCUAAUUCAACGUGCAAGGUGAAGAAAGCCGAAGACGUAGACCACUCGUGUCCCCAAAAUUUCUUUCACAGCGUGAGCUAUGUCUGUUUCUGUCAUCAAGACCUUCGUCGAUGAGCGUCGAUUGGCUAGCAACCUCGGUAUUUCAGUUUUCCCUAGCUAUUGCUUUGGGGUAGCUGUCAAGGGAAACUCUUUUGUUCUCGAGACAUAUCCAAGCCCCAGACGAUAAAAUUUCCCCGCGGUAAGUUACCUAGGGAAAAAUCGGUCACACUUUAAAAAUCAAGUUUCCCUAGGUAAACUGUCAACAAGUCGAAUUUACCUAGGUAAAAAAAGUCUGUAGUGUGACCACAGCUAAUAUCUCUAGUUAGGCCGCAUCCAUACGAAUCCAGAUACUUUUAAAACCGCAUACUGUUUUACACGAAUCGGCCAUCUGUCCAUACGAAACCAGUGAACCGCAUAUUUCUGAAACCGCUUUCCGGAGUGGAUUUUUCUGGAUCCGACGGGUUUGGUGAAUUCGUGUGGACGACUGAAAGCGGCCAUUUGGAGUUGGCUACCUCAUAAACUCGGAUCCAGUCUUAAAUGAAAACUUUCGUGUUAAAAAAAAUGCCGUGAAAUCACAUUUCGGGCUCGAUUUGCGGAAACCUACCAGCUAGCAUUUAGUAGAGAAAAUUUCAAAACUCAGAGCAAAAAAUAAGAUAACGAAACGUCUUCGCCAGGGCAGGUGAAACACCUUUUAGGCUAUUAGUCAGUAAUUAGCAAAUGUACAUAUCGCAGUAGCGUAUUCGUGUGGACGUGUGAAUCCAAACCGGAUACUCCACACCGUGUUGACGCAAAUAUCAAGUAUGCGGUUUCAGCGCAUCCAGAUUCGUUUGGACUUGUCCCUAAGCUAUCCUUUUUUAGUAAGAAAAUGAAGCAAGUCUUACGCAGUAGUAGCAGACAUCGUGUUUGUUGCAAGCAUUUCUAAAUGUCCUCUUGUAGAAGAAUGGAAGUUUUCCUGGUAUAGAGCAACCAUUGACUUUUACGUAGCAUGAGGUCACUUCUGAGAUCAAGAACAAUACUACCAAAAGACUAAGCACGGCGCAUAAGGCUGAGAGUCUCAUGGCGAUGUCAACCAGACAGGGAGAAAGCCGCUUAAAAAUAACAGGAAAAAAACAUCAGCUGAAAAAAAAAAAAAAAACUAAGAGACUGCAAAAUUUAGAAAGAUUGGCUUUGAGCCUAGCCUUCGUAGUAAUGCGGACCGCAAAAUCCCAUUUUUUUUCCACCCUCAAGUUUUACAUCCUCCUGAUUAUUCAAAAACUGGUUCAGUUUUCUUCCUGUAUUCUAAAUCAAGCAAAUUUCUUUUAAAGAGGUUCAAAAAAUAAGAAUACCAUUGGAUAACAUCACUGAACGCCGCAAACUAAGUCGCAAUAAAGGCAUUUUAGAUACUGUUAGUUACACAAAAACUAUGCUAUAAAUAUACUCAUUCAGCAUAAUAACACUGUCCAUAGGUGAAAAUGAGGUUUUCUUCAAUGGGACAAUUCUAGAGCAUCAAGGAGGUUUAAGAGUGUUCUUGAAAAGAAUACAAACCGUGCAUACGCUUAGUCAGAUCUAACAGGAGGAAUUGUCGGACAAGAAACGUGCUAAACGAAGAUAUGACUAACGAAGUGGAAAUCGCAAUUUAAGCGAUUGCAAAUUAAUCCCACAUAACAAAGACAGUGUUAAUCGCUAUUAAAGCAAUUGCAAAUUAAGCCCAAACAAAUAACAAGGCUUCAACGGGAAUCGAACCCAAGGCUUCUGCGUACCGCUGCUGGUGACAUGAUAAAAAUAUAUUGAGAACGAGCGAAUUAAAUUUUCCCGAUGGGUAAAAAAAUUGCUAGGGACUCAGUAAAUACUAGAAGUUAACUGAUAACAUUAAAGAUCGAGUGUGGCAUUAUUGAGUUAAGCCUAAGUGAAAUAAGAGCGGUUGGUAAAUUAGUGAACUGGAAACAUACCCAAAUCCAAGAUUUAGAAGAUGAUUCUUCAGACCAACUUCUUACUUCUGAUAGUGUUGCUUGUUAACUCCAGUUUGUUAAGUUUUGAAUUUGCUGAGUUUUUAAUUGAACGGAAACUAAUAUUGGAACAAAUGAUAUUCUUUAAACAGCGAGUGUGUCAAAUAUUGGAGUCAUGAUAUUUGGGUGUGGCGCCCACGUUUUUGCUAUCAAGGGAACUUAUGUUGUAUAUAUUGUUAUCGUUACGUAUCACGUCAUCCAUCUGUUGAAGGGGCCGCCAACAUUACAUUUAAAAAAUUCCCACGCAGAAUUACUUUAGCAUUAGGGAAAAAAAAAAGAAAAAGAAAAAAUUGGCCUAUUGAUCGUCCGGGUGGAUGUAGUUCUGAAUAGGAAUGUUGUUGACAGUGAAAUUAUUUUUUUGACUUCGCAGAGUUUUGGUUAGAGUGAACCAAAACAAAUACGAACAAUUUGUUGAUGUUAUCAUGUUCAUGAUUAUUUCAUUUCCUUAUUACAUUAUGCUCUUCGACCCAUUAAGCCAAACGAUAGGAUUAUGACGUACUAAUGACACUUGUUUCAUAUUGUGAAACUUUUCUCCCGAAUUAAAGCGCGACUAUUUGGCGAAAAAAUGCUAAUAAAGAAAAUUAAUUAAUUAAAGAGAAUUUAACCUUAAGCGAUUCUUCUUUUUAAUACAAAAUCGUUUAAUUAUGAAUAUGCUGCCAGCGUGUUACACGCUUAAUUCCAUUAGCAUUUAAAAGGCAUAAUAUUGUAAUGACGUGACAUUGUUAUGAACGGCUUGCCUACGCACGAGGAAUUUACGUCGAAAUUCACUGAACUGUUGCAAAACCAAUGUUAGGGCCUGUUUACUUGGAGGUGGGGGACCCCAGCUAGGUGAGGUAACCCGCUUUGGUGGGUAACCCGCCUGUCCACAUAAUCUCUCAUUUUAAUUUAAUCACUUUUACAUGAUAGGUGUGGUGACCCGCCGCAUGUUACCUCACCUAUCUGGGGUCCCCCACCGCCAUGUAAACAGGCCCUCAGGGACUGCUUAAAUAGAGGUGGAGAACCCCAGGUAGGUCCAUAUAAUCUCUCAUUUUAAUUUGAUAACGUUUACAUGUACAUGAUAGGUGGGGUGACCCGCCACAUAUUACCUCACCUAUCUGGGGUCUCCCACUUUCACGUAAACAGGCCCUUAGUUUAUUCUGAACCAAGAAUAUUCCACACGAGGCAAAAGAUCAUGAAGGUGCAUGAGACAGGGGAGUAGUGCUUUAAAAUAUGCGGGCUUUUUUGCUGAUACUUAUGAGUUGUUAAAUACCUCUCUUCGCCGUAAAAUUCGGUUUGGUGUUAAUCUUCAAAUUUGUCCUUUGUACUGAUGCUAAAAUCAUUCAUUACCUUUUGCAUCAUCGACUAUUUCACAAUUUUAUGGGGAAUUAUUCAGUGGUAGCGACGUGCCUUUUGUAUCACGACGUGCGCAUUUGUUCGGAAUAAACACGGGUUAAACACCGGCGUCCUUAAAGGAGUCUAAGUUAUUACUAUCGAAAUCUAACUGUUUUUCAAUUAAUUUUCAAUUAAUUGUGUGUAAGUUUCUAGCGUGUGGAGGGUUUUUCUUAGUUCGCAUGCACCUGUAUGAAUGUAUGUUGUUGUGUAUGUAGCAUUCAGGAGGAAGUGGUGAAGGAGAAAACUGGAUAAAUUGUAAAUUAAGCACAGAGAAAGCGUAGUUGAGAAGGAAGGGACUUUUGUCGGGGUGAGACUUUUGGAGAUCCUAUCCGCGCAGUUUGAAGUUAUUUGCAAGCAAUAUUUGUCUAAAUAUCAGCCGUAAAAAUUGCUUAAUUGCUGGGUGGCAAAAAAGAUGUCCUUAGAUUGAACUUUAAAAAUAGAAUGUGUCCAAAAUAUAUCGGGCUAAUUCUGCCUCGAUCUCAUAAUUUUAGGAGCUGCCAUUCAGUUUUAUAGCUGGGUUUUAAGCAAAAAGUCUUAAACAGGAAACUGUUUUUUUUCUCAGUUUAUUACUUAUUUUACAGACUACUACCAAGGAACGGGACUCGGUUUAAAACAAACGCCUCUGUCUUGAAGCCAACAGUCAUUGGCGUCAUACGGACGAAUCAAUGACAAACUCAAAGAAAUUAUAUUUAUUAACAACGAUAGACUGACAAAACAAAACCGACAACAGUCUAGUUUCGAAUUCGUCGCGGCCGCUGAAUGGAAGCACUGAAGAGUCUUUUACACAGGGUUAGCCUCGAUCUAAGGUAUAUAGACAAAUUCCAGUCAGAAAAAGACCUUUGUACAACUGUGUUUAUUGUUUUUAAACUCAAAUUCAAGCACUUUUUUCGCUGGUAUUUGUGAAUAUUUUGCUUUAGGUCGAGGCUAACCCUGUACAAUUAAGUCUUCGCGGCGUUUUUAUUUAAAGCUACGACGAAUUCGAAACUGGACUAUUUGACCAACAAUAUUGCGACAGAUAUUACACUGACAAAAGCCAGUCAAAACGCACCACUCGUGUUUAGGCCAAUAUCUACAGUACAUCGGAUAGCUCUUGCGCCGGCAUUAAAACCAUAUCCGAAAAGAAUUUUUUUUUUCACAUACACACACACACACACACACACACACACAAAAACGGUGAUUUCGGUACGGUUUCAGUAAUGUCGCGAAUCUGCGCCUCGCCGAUCUUGAAUCUGGAUUGUCAUAUAUUGGAUAGAUUUCUGUGCCUUUCUUUGUGGCAUUGUGGACAGGCAUUUGAACAGUAGCGAAAGACUGUGAAAGGUUUGAACCCAGGAGUCAUUUCAAGGGUAGGUUGAGUUUGUUCGUCCGGGUGAACGUAGUCCUGAAUGGGACUGUUGUUGUUGACAGUGACUGACGUUUCGACAACCUGUGCGGUAGGAGUCAAAGAGUCAGAGUCAAAGUCUGAAGAUGGCUACCGCACAGGUUGUCGAAACGUCAGUCACUGUCAACAACAACAAACCUAUUCAGGACUGCGUUCACCCGGACGAUCAAACUCAACCUACUUUUAAGUAGCGAAAGAGUAAGAACCCACGCAGACGGAAGUUAAUACUCAGGAGUGAUGUUGAGGAUUUAUGCACCAAGCCCUUAUUGCCAACCGCUCCAGUACGAACCUCAAAAGACUGUGAACGACUUGUUUCAGUUCUUGUUCGUACAAGGCUGGAGCAUUUUUCUUGUCGACAUAGCCUUAGAAAGUUCUGGGUCAAUAACUUUAAGGCAUAACUGACAGACGAUCAACAACAUGACGUCUUGGUUGACAAUCGGUUUAAUAACCAGUGUCUGAUACCAUUAAAGACGAAUAUUACACUUAAAACUCGACUCUGAAAAUGACUGACGCAUAGGUUUUCAAACGUCAUUGACUGUCAUUAGCAUCCUCUUUACGAUUUCAUUCAGCCAGAUCAGCAUAUUUCACCUGCUUACGAAAUGACUCCUGGGUUCAAAUCGUUUAUAUACGUACCUUUGUUAAAUAGCUGCUGUUGUAUUAUGUUCCGCAGCCCCAGUCCCUCUUGGCUGAAAGCGUUUUUGUUCCACUGACACCCUCACCCUUUCAAAUCACAAUAUUUUUGUUCGUGUUAAGGUCUGUCCUGCCGCUAUUAAACUUAGUAGGUUCGGUACUGCGCAAAAGUAAUAAGAGCAAGGUUCGCAAAAUUUUGUCCUUUGUUCUCGCCGCCGAAGGGUCGCUGAAAGCUCGCCACGAAACUUCUCUGAAACGCCCGCCAAUUUUGUUCUAAUGAAACGAAAUCUCACGAAAAUCUCUGCAAAAUUUCGCUUUUAAACAAGCGAAAAUUUGUUUAAAAGAAACUUAGGCAGAGCAGCAUUUUGCACUGUCGAAAAUUCGGGAGAACCAAAACUCGCACUGACGAGAUUUUGGCAAAACGAAAUAACAUACCGCACAUUGUUAUUACUGAUAUAGUAAAAUUUAUAAAAUUUCUACAAACAGGUGCCUGUCAUCUUAGCGAUGCUUGGAGUCUGGUACAACAAUUUCUUUGGUGCUCAGACACAUGGGCUCUUCCCGUAUGACCAGGUGAGCCGUUUCUUUCUUUUGUCUUCGUUGCAGCUUCAAGUGAACAAUUACUAAACUCCAAUAUGAAACAUCAUUCACUUUGUUUCCUAGCCCUGGUCACUAAACUUCAUAGCAAACUCUUGGUAUUUUUUGUAAGCGUAAUAAGGUGUCCAAUCUCCUGAAGGGUUCAAAAUGUUACCACGCUCUGGGUGCAGGUGAAUAAAGACAAGGCCACGUGACCAGGAAUCAACCAAUGGCAGCCCCUUUUUAGUUGAGGGAAAGUCUGGGAAUUUAACAAUUCUCUUUUUUGCUCUUUUUCUCUUCAAGCCUCUUUUUUCAAAGCGAAGCUAACUGCGAAGCCCGCCAAGUUCUCCAUUUUAGCCCGCAAAUGCGCCACAAUACCCAACAAAGUGAUAAUAACUUGACUUCUAAAUUGAGUGCAUGAAUGAGAAGUUGCUUUAUAAACUUCUCAUACCAAAAGCCCAAUUUUUUCCCUUUGCGUCACAAUGAUGAUGAUGAUUUUCUUUUUGCCAAGUUGAGUUGUUGUGGUAAUUCACUACUUCAGUUAUUUAAAUUUUUUUUCCAAAAGGCUGUGUAUGAUAUGAAGAAUUACGUAAAGUAAAGAGAGUGUUAUCCAGCGAUGUCGCACGUCGAGGUGGAUGACACCCACCGAUAUCUGUAUAUCUGUGUGUAUAUUUCCACCUCUCUUUAAAGCGUAAAGCCUACCUCGACAAUGGACAUACUGUACUUCAAUUUGAUAGCGAAACAGAAAAUCAGUAAUACGGUUUACUUAUUUUUAUUCUUUAAAAAUAGAUCUUGUUAUCAAGUUGAAUGAUUUUAGCAUGCUAAAAGUAGCCUAUCGGAAAGGUUAGUUGGAAAAAGAUAAUGUUGUACCGUUUAUUGCGUGUAGCUCAGACUUGUGAAAGCAUGCCCCAAAAUUUAGUCUGCAAUAAAGUUAUGUUGGUUGAUGUUAGUUAGCCAAAUCUAAGCAAAACCGUGCUAGGUUGUGUUCUUUAACGGUUUUUUCUUCUUAUUGCAGUACAUGCACCGCUUUGCCGCCUAUUUUCAGCAAGUAAGUUGUGUUUCGUUAGGUUUAGAUCUGAAUAUUUGAUUUCGGGACCGAAAAGUUACCGAGACUUUCGAGAAGCGGCCCCCUGGUUCAUUAUUGGCCUGAUUAAAAACCAAACUUGGGCAUUUUGUAAAGCUCGGUUCCUAAACACGACACCAAGCAAAGAAAGUAAUUAUCUUUGUUUCUCUUUUUCUACAAGGGUGAUAUGGAGUCAAACGGUAAAUCGGUAACUCGUAGCGGCGCACGUGUUGAUUACUCCACUGGUCCUAUUGUGUGGGGAGAACCUGGAACUAAUGGACAACACGCAUUUUACCAGCUUAUACAUCAGGGUAUGUUCACAAUUCUAGAUAAGCUCUAGUUCUGGGCUUUUAAAACUGAAAAGUAAGCUAUGUGGGAAAAAAAAAAUGCCAUAGGAAUUUAGGCACAUCUUCUCGACUAAACUAUCAUGCAAUUUGCCACGUACUGUUUGCGAGGCUUGUUAUUCUGGAGCAUUAAAUUUGGAAACGUGAGAUUAUCUCAUUAUUAGUAUUAGUGUUUUUAUACCCAAAUGGCCAUUGGCUGAAAAUGUGUACUAUUUUAUUUAUCCCUGUUUAAAAUAUAUUUUCCUAGUGGCCUCUCGCAACUCCUAUCCUUGGUACUCAUUUCCAAGUUCCUGACUGUUUGCCAAUUGCAUUUUAGGAAACAAGGAGCCUGUAAACGAGGCACUUAUGUUGUACUUUACAAAUCGACAACAAUUUUCCAUGGACUGUAUUCUUAUCGACCAUAGAAAUGUCGUCAAAAUGUUCAAAACUCAAGCGGAACCACGAGCCGCAGGCGAGUGGUUUCACUGUAAAGUUUGAACAUUUUGACGUCAUUUCUACGGUCGAUAACAGAACAGAUCUUGGAAAAUUGUUGUCGAUUUAUUGUUUACAAUAUCAUUGACAAUUUUGAAGUCCAUUUCCGUUGCGCAAGAGGGAGAAAGAAAGAAAGAAACAAAAAAAAACAUUGUGCCACCAUCACGUCAUUUCUGUGGUCUGUACUCUUACUGAACAUAGCUCUCGACAAAUCAGCGGGCGAUAAAUCGCUCAGUUAUGGUAAAAUACUUAAUAAUUAUACCUAUGCUGCGUUGAUUUCUGUUCAGGCACCAAACUGAUCCCAGGAGACUUCUUAGCGCCAAUCGAGACCCAGAAUCCAAUUUCUGGUGGAUUGCAUCAUACGGUAAUGUUUUUGCCAGUUUAAGCAGAUUUGUCGAAUUCAGAGAAAUGUUGGAAGAACGAGCUGUCUGCUUCAUAGAUUGCAAUUGUGUUUUAAAUUAUGCUGCCCUGAUGCCUCGAUCGGUUGUAGUUUGGACAGACGAUACUUGCCUGCAUUACUUUGCAAGUUCUUUUAAGGAAAGUGUACACUAUUCACAUAACUUGAAGGUAGUGUAGCAGCUUAUCGUUUGUGUGCAAGGGUAUUGCGUCCGCUUUUUCUAACGUUGUUCUCUAUAAAGCGCGAUCCUAGUGAGGGCUCCGGUUCUUUUAUUUGUAUUGAAUUUUGGCUUAUACCAAAUUCUAGGAUUUUAUUUCCUUUUUUUGGCACAUUGCACUGCUUGUCAGGUUUUAUAAUUUCUGUGUGAAUAAUGUGUUGUUAUUGAUACCCUUAGAUUCUUUUAGCCAAUUUCUUGGCCCAGCCUGAAGCUCUGAUGAAAGGAAAGACGACAGAAGAGGCCCGGGCAGAGUUGGAGAAAAGUGGAAAGACAGGAGAAACUCUGGAAAAAAUUCUACCACAUAAGGUAUAACCGUCUGCUUAAACCUUCAUUUGUAAGCACGCUCGAGGUCGUUCUAGUGCCCCUAGAUUAAGGAAUACAUUACUUUCUGAAAUAAGAGUAAUUAGAAGCUUUGCUCUUUUCAAAGGAGCUUUUAAGGGCCUGUUUACAUGGAGGUGGGGGACAUGUGAAAUUACAAAUUAACGCUGAAAUUUCGCGCCAAAAUUAAGGAGUAAUUUGUCACCUAUGAUAUUAUUAUUAUUGUUGUUGUUAUUAUUCGAAUUUUAAAAAUUAAGUUUUAAAAGAACAUUUCUGUUAGAUUUUUGGUACUUCAGGAACUCAGCAACAGAUUUGUUUUCUGUGUUAAAGGCAUUUGUACAGCAAAAGGAUAACUGACUUAUUACUGGUUAAUUUAAUUCAUUCACUUUAACCUCAGAGUCAUCCAACACAGUAGAAGCUCUUGAGUUGUUACUCAUUUGUACACUUUAGAUGUAAUGUAUCAUUUUUCAUCGUAGGUUUUCGAAGGAAACAAACCAACGAAUUCCAUUUUGUUUUCAAAGUUGACUCCCUUCAUCUUGGGUGCCCUAAUUGGUUAGUUGCUGGUAUUUAUUUAUUUGUAAAUAAACAUUCAUACGUUUUUUGAAAACCGGGCUAGGGAAAAAGAAUUCACUCAUCCCUCUGCUUGGCAAUUUAGAACAAAAAAAAUCAACCUAAGGUCGAUCCCAAAGCCAUUAAAUGACGACUUAAAUGCUAGCAAAACGCUACGUUUGCUCGGGCCAAAACGGGGUCAAUUUUUAGGUUUCUGGGAAACUGCCCACCUACCCCUCCCCUAAGUCAGCAUUCACACUUACUUCUCACUUAGGGCAAAAUGUUGAGUUAGGGGAGGGGUAGGUAGGCAGUUUCCUGUACAACAUUUAUCACCGUCUGAUUCGCCACUUUAGAUGCGAGAGGGAAAGUGGAACGAGAUAUCUUUUGUAAAGACGUCUGGAAUCGUUACUGGGGACGCGCCGGUCUGCUAUUGGCCAAUUUUUCCCCUCUCCCCAGUAACAGUGCCAGAAGUCUUUGCGAAAGUUAACUUGGCGCAAUUUCCUUCUAGUUUCUAUAGUGGCGAAUUUAACAGUAUAACAACACGCCUGUCUUGUGUCUGUCAACAGCAUCCUAAAGUUACACAAUGAAGCACUUUAUUUCGUGGCAAUGAUAACACUCCCGACAACUCCUCAUUACAUUUUUACAUUUGAAACGAGCGGAAUAUCGUCAAAUUCUGUCACUCUAAAAAAAACUCACGCUCUUUCCAGAUAAACACAUGAACGUAACGUUUCUCUCCUUAUCGUUUUAUUCAAGUUUCCGGAUGAGAUUAAACGGUUGGUAGACCAGGAAAGAGUUUGCUUUCAAACCUGAUUUUUACUCAGUCUUGGCCCGAUUUAUUUCUGACCACCAAUCUGUCUCUCGUCGAAUAAAUACGACCCUAGAAUCUACUUUUUGGGGCUAAUGACUUGAUACCUUCUAGAGCAAAGUGCACAAUGUCCAUUACCUUUUCUUUUCGUCUCGAGGCCGUUUCAUUAUGUCGCCCUUGCAGGCAAGUAAAACGAAACUCGGAAAGAUAUUGGACGAAGCAGGCUUUGCCAAUCGUGAGCCAGCUCAUUCGAAAGGCUUAUGAAGUUUUUUGUUAAAACUUUGCGGACCAAGGCGGAAUCCAACGACACAGAAACUAGCUUUAGAUUUCGCACCUGAUUUCAAAUCGAUGUCAUUUCUUUUAGACAGAUAACUACUCGUUUAUCUCUUCAUCCGCAGUUCGAAUGUAUGUUUUUUUUUUUCAUGUAUCUAAGUCAUUUAUGUUUUCUUAACGACCCGGUUGUUUCGCCCCAAAUCGAAGACGUCUUUUUAAUAUCUGUUAGUACUUGAAACGAAUUUCUGUCCCUUAUCACUUCAUAAGGCUCGACAAUUGAAAAGAGUAUGUUUCUUUAAAACUAAUAUAAUCACAUGUUGCUAACUAUACCGUUUAUUUUGAAGCUAUGUACGAGCACAAGAUAUUCUGCCAAGGUGUUAUUUGGGACAUCAACUCUUUUGACCAGUGGGGGUGAGUACAAGACAUUGCUUUUAAGACUUCGCCUCUUGGCUCGCUCAUUUUUUCCCUUGAUACCCAGGGACGAGUCGUUCGAAGGACGAUUAGUAGGGAUGGAUCCAGAAAAUUACGAAAUGGGUGCCCGGGACACUUGCCAUCUGAAUAGAUCCUAUUUAUUUUACUGAUAAUUUUUUGAAACAGUAAUACAAAAUUUCUUAGAAAGAAACGGAGGGCUCGCGGUCCACUCGGCCAACUCCUAAAGCCGCACUUGAUAAGCUCUAAUCCAGGCCUGGAUAACAUGACAACUCAUAUGCUCUGUCUGCAGUAAUUCAGGAUUAGAGUCAACCGAGCUUUUAACAGCUUGGCACAGAUAAUGAUGUUGAUGGUGAUGAUGAUGGUAUUGACGGUUGUGAUGAUGUCAAUGAUGUUUAUAAUCACGAUGAUGAUGAUGAUCAUUAUUCAUGAUGUAACGAUGACCAUUCACAUAGUGAUUCUUGUUCACCAUAUUUGUAUAAAUCGAAUAAUAACUUUAAAAUGCUUUUUUUUCGAGCAGAGGGCAUAGGAGAACUAACAACAAGCUCAAUCCACAUAGUGGGUCGGGAUUCGAACCCAGGCCACCUCGGUAAAUGUGCGAAAGCUUUCACCACUGCACCACCCGUCGAUCCUGGUUAAAGUUGCGUAUGUCUUAAGAACGUCCCUGUACAGUAACAAAUGAAAUCUGCACCCAGCCACUCACAUGUGAUGGUUCCUUUUUGUUGCAGAGUUGAAUUAGGCAAGCAACUCGCUAAGGCAAUUCAACCAGAACUUGAGAAACCGGGCAUAGUGACGUCACACGAUUCGUCGACCAAUGGACUGAUCAACUUUAUCAAGCAACACUCUGCUAAGUAG